AUGGAAGCUGAUCAUAUCCAUGCACUUAUCGAAGGAGUUAUAAAAAAACAACCAACCAUGAAAAUAUGUACGCCAUGGGACUGGCAGCAACUUAUAAGAUCAACCGGAGCCACAGUUUUCGAGAUGCAGUUAGAUGACUUCAAGAACUUCGAGGCCUUAUAUUCCGGCACAGGAUCACCUCUCAUUCAAAAGAAACAGGCAGUAGCAGUAGACAAAGAAAGCUUUUUAGUGUCAUCAGCGGUGUGGCUUGAGGUUCGAAAACAGGAUCCAAGGAUACUCUACUAUAAAACAGACAUAUUCCAAGAGGACUACAAAGUGGUAAACAUGAAUAGAUCCACUAGAAAACCGAUAGGGUUACCACUAGAACUAUGUUCGCCGCGUCAAACCCCAAAAGGACUUAGCAAGAAAAAGCACGAUCAUCUUCUCAUGCUUCUGCAAUGGAUACCAGAAGCAUUUCAUGAUUUUUAUAAAAAUAUUCCUGUGCUGGGUCAACAAGGAGAUGAUGACGAUGACGACGAUUGGAUAUAUAUUAUCCAGAUGUCAUUUUUUGUAAUAAUAAAAUGUAGCCUAUUUCCACCAAUUGUACUUACUGUGUUUCAUCCUAUGCUGCACCUGGAUUUUAUUAUCAUAGUAAAUAGUCCUAACUCACAAAAUAAUCUGAUAUCAAAUUCUAAGAUCAUUAACAUGAAGCAUUACUGUUCUGUGUACCAUAUAAUAUGUUUUCCCAAAAAACUAUAUUCGCAUAUUAACAGUAACAUGAACAAAAAGCCAUUCUGCUGCUAA